AAAGCGCUGCAAACCAAGAAAAUCAAUCUUUGGUAAUUAAGAUGUCAUCCUUAUGGCUCCUCGCUGUGCUGGCAAUAAAAGCCGUUUUUGCCAAUAAUGAACAAUUUGAGCUGUACAAGAACGCCAAGCCAGGACACAUGGAAUUGGACCCGAAGUACGGGCACAUUUUCGACACUGAAUUCUUCCAGAAUUGCCAGGACAAUCGCAUUGCGGGUGGUGGAUGGGAAUCCGAGCCGAAUUCGCGACCAUACCAGGUAGGGAUCUACGUCCCAACGGCCAACUCAGGGGUCAGUUUCUGCGGAGGAUCGAUCAUAGGCCCUCAAGCCUUCCUCACAGCAGCCCACUGCCUCGAUAUUUCCAAUGGGGAUCCGAUCACGAUCCACUUGGGAGCCCAUCAUAUGCCGCCAACAAGUGCAGACGAAGGUCUUCGCACUUUAACCACCAGCCACUUUCUGCUACACCCAGAGUGGAACGCCGCGACAAUCCAGAACGACAUUGCCAUUAUCUUCACAAACCUUGAUUAUAUCGUGCAGAAUGAGUACAUUCAGUAUAUUCCGCUGGCCUCAAACCCAAGUGAAAGCUACUUAGGAAAAGAGGCGGUGGUCAGUGGCUGGGGCCUCCAGGGAGACGAUCACUCAGCAAUUUCCCCGGUUCUAAGAGAAGUGAAAUCGACCAUCAUCAGCAAUUUGGCAUGUAGAAUGGCCUACAUGGGGCAAGUUCAAAGGCACCAUAUAUGCUUGUCAGGAGAAGAGCGGCGCAGCACUUGCCGGGGCGAUUCUGGAGGCCCAUUGGUUGUCGACGGGGAACAGGUCGGGGUGGUGUCUUUUGGUACUUCAGCUGGAUGCGAAGUCGGAUGGCCGCCUGCGUUUGCCCGCGUAACCACAUACAUCGACUGGAUUAAUCAAAACGUGGAAUUCUUCAGGAAGCACCAACGAAUCAUGGAACAGUAGGAAGCUUUGCGACAACACCACGAAUUCAAACAAAUAUGGGGAAUUUUCUCGCUCAUACCCUGCAAAUAUUAAACACUGAGAAUUUCAUUACUAA